AUGGCCAAUGCAGAAGAUGAGCCAAGAAACUGUGUGGUAUGUGGGGACCGAGCCACAGGCUACCAUUUCCAUGCCCUGGCCUGUGAGGGCUGCAAGGGUUUCUUCAGACGAACAGCCAACAAAAGCACUGGUCUCACCUGCCCCUUUGCUGGAAACUGUGAGGUCAGCAAGGCCCAGAGGCGCCACUGCCCAGCCUGCAGGUUACAGAAGUGCCUCAAUGCUGGCAUGAGGAAGGACAUGAUCCUGUCAGCAGAAGCCCUGGCAUUACGACGAGCAAAGCAGGCCCAGCAGCGGGCAGAGCGUGCAUCUCUGCAGCUGAGUAAGGAACAGACGGAGUUGGUCCAGACACUCCUGGUUGCUCACACUCGCCAUGUGGGCACCAUGUUUGACCAGUUUGUGCAGUUCAGACCUCCAGCUCAUUUGUUCAUCCAUCACCAGCCCUUGCCCACCCUGGUCCCUGUGCUGCCUCUGCUCAAGCACUUUGCAGACAUCAGUACUUUCAUGGUACAGCAAGUCAUCAAGUUCACUAAGGAUCUGCCCCUCUUCCGGUCCCUGCCCAUGGAGGACCAGAUCUCCCUUCUCAAGGGAGCAGCUUUGGAGAUCUGUCACAUUGCACUGAACACCACUUUCUGUCUCCAAACACAAAACUUCCUCUGUGGACCUCUUCGCUACACAAUGGAAGAUGGAGUCCAUGUGGGCUUCCAGAUGGAGUUUUUGGACUUGCUCUUUCGCUUCCAUGGGACACUGCGGCGACUAGAGCUCCAGGAGCCCGAGUAUGUGCUCAUGGCUGCCUUGGCCCUCUUCUCUCCGGACCGACUUGGGGUCACCCAGAGAGAAGAGAUCGACCAGAUGCAAGAGGUGAUGGCACUGACUCUACAAAGCUACAUCAAGGGCCAGCAGCCAAGGCCCCGGGAUCGGUUUCUUUAUGCAAAGCUACUGGGCCUGUUGGCUGAACUCCGGAGUAUUAACAACGCAUAUGGACACCAAAUUCAGCACAUCCAGGGGCUGUCUGCCAUGAUGCCAUUGCUCCAAGAGAUUUACAGCUGA